UAUAUUAUUAGUAUUCCAUUGUAUUACAUUUAAAAUAUUAUCAAUAUUAUAUGUAUACAGUGUUCCCUCACUUAUCGCUGGGGUUAGGUUCCAGGACCACCUGCAAUAAGUGAAAAUCCGCAAAGUAGGGACACUGUAUUUAUUUUAAUAUUUAUACAUUAUUUUAGUAGUUAUACACUGUUUUAAGUCUUUAUCAACCAAGUGUGUUGAUAAAUCUCCUUCUCCUCCUGUUGCUGCUUGGGCUCCUUUUCUCUCCGUUUGGCUUCUCCUUCCUCCUUUCCUUAAGCUGUAAAUUGUAUUUUUUUAUGAUUUAUAAUAGUCUUUUAGAGUUUAUUGAAUAACCACGAAACAGCGAAUCCAUGAAAAGUGAACCACGAAGUAGUGAGGGAACACUGUAUACACUAUAUUAUAUUAUUAUAUAUCAUUGUAUGUUAUAUUGUAUAUUAUAUACAUUAUAUAUAUAAUAUACUAUUAUAUUGUUAGCAUAGGAUGUUACUAGAAUCAUAGAACAAUAGAAUUGGAAGAGACCUCAUGGGCCAUCCACUACAGCCCCCUGCCAAAAAGCAGCAAAUCGCAUUCAAAGCACCCCCAACAGAUGGCCAUCCAACCUCUGCUUAAAAGCCUCUAAGAGACUUCCACUGCCAAACAGCUCUCACAGUGAGGAAGUUCUUCCUAAUGUUCAGGUGGAAUCUCUUUUCCUGUAGUUUAAAGCCAUUGUUCCAUUGCAUCCUAGUCUCCAGGGCAGCAGAAAACAAUCUUGCUCCCUCCUCCCUAUGACUUCCCCUCACAUAUUUAUACAUGGCUAUCAUGUAGAAUAGCCAUGUAUAAGUGGCUACUAGGGAGAAGGGCCUCCAGCUGAUGGCACAGGAGACAAGAUGAAACUGUCUUCCUAGCUCCCCGUGAUCAUGAUUUUGGUGUUAUUGAUCAUCAUCUUAGUAAGAAAGCAGUAUUGUUGGAGAGUUUUAAGCACAUGUUUUACUAGCAAGAUUAAGAAAUAAGUUGAAAUAUUAGAAAUAUUAUUUAAAUGGGGCAUGGCCUUGUUGUCUAGGAGAGUUUCCAUCAUCUUCAUAUCUGCUAUGUUCCCUGGUGGGGAUUUUCCUUCAUUUUAUUUAUUUACUAGCUAGAGUACAUGGUAUUGCCCAGGUUAUUUGAAAAAGUCCGUUUUUAGUUGUACAAAAUGCAUAAGGAUGUGGGUGAACUACAACUGACAUCAUGCCAGGUUAACCCUGAGAAAGUCCCUCAGUAAUUAAAGUUUGUUAUGUUGGGCAAAUUUGCUCUGGGUUCAUCAUCGGUGGGGUUCAGUGUGUUCUCUGGCGGAAGGGUCCCACUAUGGUGAGUCAGUCCCCUCAAACCCUUCCAGUAGGUUCAGUUGGUCAUGGGUGUUCUGUGUGUCAAGUUAGUUCCAGGUCCAUCAUUGGUGGAGUUCAGAGUGCUCCUAGAUUUCAGGUGAACUAUAUAUCCCAGUCCCUACAACUCCUAUAAAUCAUGGUGUAUUCUCCCCAAAGCCCUCCAAUAUGUUCUGUUGCUGAUCAAUUCCUCUGUUGGUAAGGGAGAGGCAGUGGGCGAGGUCAUGAAAAUUCCACACCAAUGGAGAGAGUAAGAAACACUGGGAUAUCUGUGGUGGAGGAAAAACAGAAAAUCUAGGAGGAAAUUGUCCCCGAAUGAAAGUCUUCACCUGCGUUGUGGGCAGUAUGGUGUUGGUGGAGAACAAUGGCAGAGCUCUUGAAUAUGUUCACAGCACUUGCUAUAACCUGCAAUGUCAUUGGAGGGAGGGCCAUUGGAGUCUCUUGCAUAGUGGAAGUUAAAGCUAUUUGUGGAGGCAGGAGCCUGUCUGUAUAAGUGGACACCCCAGCCACAUACACACAUACAUAUUUUCACUUUUAUUAUGUGUAUAGAUUACUGCAUUUAUACUCCACCAUUCUCACCCUGAGGAGGACUCAGAGCGGCUCACAAAAAAGGCAGAAUUUAAUGCCGCAUAUACAUCUAAACAAGAAAACAAAACAUUAAAACCAAAAAUUUAAAAACAUUCAAACUUAAAACCAAUUAAUUAAAACUACGCAAUCCAAAAGCAUAAUCCAAGAGUCAUUCUGGUCAUGAAUUGCAAUAUUCCACAUUCACUUAUUGUACUGAAAGUUAGUUUCCAAAGGCUUGGUCCUACAUCCGCGUUUUCAGUAUCUGAAUGUCGGCAGGGAGGGCACUGAUCUAAUUUCAUUGGGGAGGGAGUUCCAUAGCUGAGGGGCCACCACUAAGAAGGCCCUAUCUCGUUCCCACUAGUCGCACCUGCAAAGACCUCAUCCUCAACAGCCAGGUCUUCAAGUCUUCUUAAAAGUUGUGAAAGUGGCUGCUGGUCUUAUUUCCUUGGGUAGGGUGUUCCAGAGCCAGGGGGCCACUGUUUAAAAGCCCUCUCUCUCAUCCCCACCAGCCUCACUUGCAGUGGGAGUGGGAUCGAGAGAAGGGCCUCCCCAGCCAAUCUUAAAGCAUUUUGCUAAAUCCAGUUUUGUUCCAAGUACCUUUGAUUCAAUGGUUCUGAAUCAAUAUCCGAUACUGUUAACUGAGACUAACAAUUGGAUUUAAGCAUAUGCACUAUUGAAUUUGUGUGAAGAAUGUUUUACUUAUCUCUCCUACUUUACAGCAUUUGUAACUCAACAUAGGUAAUUAAUAUAUUAUGUAUUAAUAUUUCAUAAUAAAUACUUUCUGGGGGAAAUUACAUGAAUUAUACAUACCUCCAAGAUGUAAACUGUUCUACUGAUUUAUAAAUUAAUAUAUUUUAAUGUUCAGGGUUACACUAUUAUUAAAAACAGUAUUCUAGCAACAAUUUUCCAUAUCUGUUAUUAAUAUUCAAUUGACUAGAAGCAGUAGCAAAAAACGUUAUUUUUAAACAGAACCACCGUUAUAGCAGAACAAUCAACAGCUGUCUACAAAGCAAAUGUGAACCUUAAUCAAAACACUUUGCCCACAAUUUGGAACUGGAUGACAAUUUGUUCCCCCUUUUUUGAAGUGCCUAGCUUCUGUACAUUUCAUAAAGUACUCAUUGUGUCAGAAACAUGUACAGUCUGUUUAAAACAAUACUAUUAUAACAGUGUUCUACAAAAUAUUAUAACGUUCCCACUUGAAUUCCUCCGUUAAUAAACAUGUCACAGAAAAAUGCUUGCAUUCAAAAUGAUUGAAGUUCAGUUAAUUAGUAUUGCUGCUGCUUUACAUAUUAAAGUUGCCAACAUUCCCAGCUCAUUCAAUUGGCUGGACUUUUAAGCAAUCAUUACUAUUAAUUAACAGAUGCUAAAGCAACAUUGAUCACAUGCUCAAAUAGAGAUACAUGACCAUGUUUGCUGAUAUAAUUUGCUGUGAGUUAUAAUGUCUAUGCAAGACCAUGUGAGUGUUACCUAUUUUUGUUGGUGCUGCCUUACUUGAUUGCAUUGUGCAUACUGUAAUGUCUUCAUCAAGGUAUGUAAGAUCCUAAUGGCCAGGUAUUUCAAAUGUCUUCAGCUGGCCAACAAUAACAUGAACUGUGAUUUGUUUGUGGCAUCCAUAGAGGUGUAUAGCAGUGUUAAAGUAAUUCACCCAUCAUACUGGAUUGUUUUUGUCUCACUAACUUUUGGCAAUCAACUGUAUGCCUUGUUCCUUGUGAUACAGUUUUGCCUUACAGUGUAGUUUGCCUCCAUCUAAUAUGUUUUUCAUCUGCAUCCAGUUGACCACAUGCAUGAGGUAAUAGUGUCUAUCUGCUGGUGACUGCACACAUGUGUCUAUAUCACCUCCAGGGAUUUACUUAAUACCUAUCAAUAUCAUUUCUGUCAGGAUAACUGUUUCUUUGUCCAUACAUCUGUGUCCCUGCAAGCCUUUUAGAAACUCCCAGAUAUUCUAGCAUUAUAAUUAUGAGGGAUAAUGCACAAAGGAUCCUAUUGCAAAGAAAUAGUGCACUAAUAGUUCUGAUAUCCAUACCCAUGAAAAUAGUUUCAGGCACAAACACAUAUAAAAAUAAGUUUUUAUUUAUAUUCUUAAUAAACAGAGUUAAUAAACAUAUACCUAAGUGAACAUAGUGUUUGCAAACCUGUCUGGGUGUGUCCAAAAUACUUUCACAUUUACAUGAUAUAGCUCCUGGCUUGCAAUGGAAAUUGUACAUUUUUUCUCCUAUGCAUUUAUCAUUAAGUAAAAUCCAUCAUCCAAAAGUUCUUUGAAGUCUUCAAGACUUUUGAAAAGUCACUAUUUUUAAAGAAUAUUAAAGUAUAUAAUGGAAGCAAUGAUAAUACAGGAACACAUGUGCCACAGAAUAGUAAUGUAGACAUACUGAACAGUUAUUAAUAGUAUACUAUUCACGAACUGUUGUUGUGAUCAAUAUCUAGAGCAGUGGCUCCCAACCUUGGUCCUCCAGGCCCUCCUGGGAUUUCAACUCCCAGAAAUCCCAGCCAGUUUACCAACUGUUAGGAAUUGUGGAAACUGAAGUCCGAGACACCUGGGGGACCAAAGGUUGGGAACCACUGACCUAGAGAAUCUGUACUCUUCAGCAGCAUUUGAAUUUAAAGUUGAAGGCCCUGUCCAUCUCCUAUAUUAUAGUCAGAAGGAGAUGUGACAUUUAUUGUUUCCAUUUAUAUUAACUAAUGUUUAAUGUAUGGACUGAAAGUAAUCUUAAGUAUGAUUUGUGUUUUGUCCAAAUAUCUUAAAGGUACCAGAUUCCAUUGGAACCUGGAAGUUAAAUGGGGUCACAGCUGAUACUUGGAUAUGAAUACCAGAUGCUAUAAGCUUGAUUUCAUUGGAAGGAACUGGCAAAGCCUCUUCUUUAUUCUUUAUCUUGGUAAACUCUAUAAAAUUCAGAGGUUGCCAUAACUUGACAAGUGAUAUGAAGAUGUGGGUGUGUGAAUGCACAAGUAUGGUUUGUACUGGUGAUGCCAUGAGAUUGUUUUUACACUGAAAAGAUUAUUUGUUGACAUGGGACUACAGUACAAAGAUGCUACCAAGAAUUCAGCUGAACAAAUUCAGGAUUGUCAUAUCGGUCUCUGAUAACCUAGAAAUGUGUAGUAUGGCAAAGUACAAUGAAAUCAAAAGCCAUUGUCAGGAACACUUGUAUGGGCUAUACAAGCCAAAUGGCACUUAGUAAGCUUCUUAAUGGCACUUCUCUUAGCUUCUUAAUGCACCAGGCUACAUUUAAACUGAGACAGUGGUUAGAGUGUUUCUCCAUGUAAGCAUUGCAUGUGCCUCACUGAAGCAUAUCAAAUGCUUAUCACCAGUCCCACUUUAUAGCUGCUUGCUACAUAGUCUAGAUCAGUGUAGUCCAGCUUUUAGUUACCCGAGGGCCAAUCAAACUUUAGUAUAGGAAUGUGAGCCAGAGACAUUCCAGAAAGAAAACAAAUUACAUAAUUGCAUUCAAAAACUUAAAGCAAUAAGAAAGGUAAACAAUUUUUUUUCCAAAUGUUGGAUUUAUUUUUUUUCCAGUAAGAAGGGCAAGGGUCAACAAAAAUGAAUUGGUGGGCCGUGGAUUGGACCGCACUGGUCUAGAUCAUACACAGAUCAGCCAAGGGUAAUCAUUGAUGUAAGAGAGAAUAACUAGACCAGGUCUGUUUGGAACUUCUGAGUAGAUUCUGCUUGUGAGUUUUUAACACUUAUUUGCAGUACUGAAUUUCAGUUUAAACACAUCAUGGAUCCAGUGCUGUAGAGAAUAUGAGAUUUCUUUUUGUUUAAAAUGACUUUUCUUGGUCAGAUUCCAGAAGCAAUUUAUUAACACAAGUUAAAGUUUGUUUGAACCAAAUGUUGGUUGAUUUCCUAGCUGCCUACUACAUUUUAGGGAUUCAGGACCACAACUUCAUGUGGUCACCUGUUCCUAUUCUUUUCACCUUUGGUUUGUACAUUCUCCACCCUUCCCAAAUAUUAACUAUUCUGUAAUAUUUCUCAUGCAUUUGCUACACCAGGAUACUAAUUUUUAAACCAAAGUUUGGGAAACUUUUUCCCAAGUUUUGAUCAGAAUUAGAAGUAUUAGGUAGUGCUGCUCCACUGUACAUAAUGCAUUUGCUCAGUGCUGCAUACACCACAGAUAAGGCUUUCUGUCCAACAUAUGUGACUCAGUAUAUGGCAGUGUAGCCUACCUAUCAUGUUUAAAACUUGCAACCAUAUUGUCUUGUAUGUUUGAGCAAGAACUGUUAUGGAGAAUUUAUAUUUGCUUUUCGACAUAUGGUGUAAUUUCUGUAUGUGAAACAGCAGCAGUGCUUUCCAAGACCCGUUGAGGUUGUUUAUCUGUUUAACAAAAAUGAACCAUUAGCUUAGUUUGUUGCUUUACAUCCUUGUGGCGACAUGAAUGUUUUCAUGCAUGUGUAUACACACUCUUUUUCUUCCUGUUUCGCUGAAAAUGUUCCCCUUAUUUCUGUGUUUUCAAGAGUUGCUGUUGGAAAAAUUCUUAUUUAACUUUUUCUAUUCAUUUCUUAUUUUUCAGAGUGUGUGAAAAAAAUCCUUAAGACUAUUGAAAAUGUUUGAAGUGACAAAAUUUAGCCAGUGCCUCUGAGUGAUGGAGAACCAGAAGAUUGGAAAUGGUUUGCAAGUGACUGAUAUAGGGACAUCUGCACUCCCCAUGGUGGGGUAUUUGGGAAAAGACUGUAGUCCUGAAGCAAGUCCAGAUGAAUGCUGUCCAUCUUGCAAGAAGAAGGGCCUGAUAUGGUCUUUGAGAACAUAUCGCAUCAAUUUUAAAGAAUCUAUUUUCCUAUGUGAAAAUCCACAGUGCAUCUACCCUUUAGGAUUUGAACCACUGAGCAACAUUAUUACUCCCAUUGAUCCAAAAGGUUAUCAGUCUCAGGAAACCAACAGGAAAAGGAAGUUUUUCAUCACAAACCCGGUGACACCUUCUGUUGAACCACAUUCAAAAUUGAGUAGGACUGAUAACUCGAUAGACGAUAAGCAAACAUUGACUCCUAAUCUAAUUCCCAAGUGCAAUGGAAGUCAUCUGUUUGAGACCCCCUUGGGGCAACCUGAUGUUUCAGAAGCCCAUCAGCCAGACAUCUACAAUACAGCUGAACCAAUGGAGAUGCAAAUGGCCUUGGAAAUGGCAGCUACAGAAAACUUACCUGGGAUGUCUAGCUUGGAAACACAGCUUUUGUCGGGUCCUGAAAGUGGUUCAUCACUGUCUCAGACUUUGCCUCAAGACAAACAGCCUCUGCCAGAACAAUUGUGGCUUCAGUGGAGGAAUGUGCACGCUCUCUGCUGGUUAGAUUGUAUUCUGUCAGCACUUGUGCAUUUAGAAACACUGAAAAGGCUCCACAGUGAAUCCAUCGCAGAAAGUACAUGUAUAUUCCAGAGACUGUUCACAAAAUAUAACCAAGCAAUUGCACUAGUGAAUAAUUGUCAAAGAGGUGAAGCUAUUUCAGAGAUUCCUUCAGAGGGUCUGUCAAAAGCUGAAUUGCAUCUUAAUGAAAUCAGGAACAUAAUUUUUGUCCAGCUUCAGCCUCAACUUAAAUGUAAAUUGGGUGAGGAGGAAAGUCCGGUGUUUGCUUUUCCUUUACUUCUAUGCAAAGACUCAAAAAUAGAGAAUUGCUUUCUCCACUCUUUUUCAUGGAAUUUUGAAUGCUUACAGUGUGGCCAUCAAGUCAUUGACAGGUGUCAGAAGGUGUUGACAACAUUUACAAAUAUAAUUCCAGAAUGGCACCCCCUAAAUGCUGUUCAUAUUGCUUCUUGUGAUAACUGUAAUCACAAAUCUCAAAAAAGAAAAAUGGUGUUGGAAAAUGUCUCCUCUGUACUUAUGAUGCAUUUCGUUGAAGGUUUGCCACAUAAUAACUUGACAGCCUAUUCAUUUCAAUUUCAAAAUGAUUUCUAUCAAGUAAAAGCUGUUAUUCAAUACCAGACAUCAGGAAGACACUUCAUAACAUGGGUCUUGAAUUCUGAUGAAACAUGGCUUGAGUGUGAUGACUUAAAGGGCUUGUACUGUAGAAGACAUAAGAGCUUUACUGUUCCUCCAGAGGAGAUUCACAUUGUCAUCUGGGAGAGGUUAGCACCACAAAGGACCAAUGACAGAGAUUUGGAGUUGCAAAGUAAAGAAUCCAUGAAUAUUCCCCUUUUAAAAGAACACCCAAAAUCGCCAUUGAAAAAUCUUAACAACAAGCAUCUUAAAAAUCAUUCUUUCAUUAGUCAUUGUGAGGAUAGGCUGGGGACAAAUAUAAAUAAGGCGCAAACCUUAGAGGGCAAUAACCAAAGCAAUUUGCUUUGGGGCUUGGAGAAUCUGGCCGACGAUGAUGUCAUAACAUUGACCCUUGUAAGUGUCCCACUUGACUCAGAAGGUAAACCACUAGAAGAGAGCCAUAUAGAAGAGAGCCUGUUAGCCAAUGCAGGAACACCACAGCUGCAAGAUGUAGGUCAGGUUAAUAUGCUUCCAUUUACUUCUGAAGAAAACAUUUCUCAUAAUGAGAGCAUUCUACCUGAACACAGGACUGUUCCCUUGCAUCAAGAAUUGCCAGGCAAUGAAAGUAACCUAUUUAUUAUGCCAACAGUUCUUCUAAGCAAUAGCAGUAACUUACAAACAGCAUUACCAGUUCAGGAGGCAGAACCUGAAGCCAACCUAGUUCCUGUUAAAGAUAGUGGCUUGGUGAAUGCCAAAAAUGAAGCCACUAAAACAAAAUCCAAUAAUACUUGCCAGAGAGCACCUAAUACGUUGGAGAAGAAAAGAAAAAUAACAGGACAUUGCCAUGUUCCUGCUUCAAGUAAUUCCUCUCAGUCACCUCCUAAGAAUGGAAUGAAAUCAGCCAAUUGGGUAAAGACUUUGCUUGGAAGAUGUCCUUCUGUGCCUAAAAGUGCCUCAGUUUUUAUAAAAGAGGAAACGUCCUCUAAAAAGCCUACUUUAUCUGGUAGGCAUGCCCUUCACUUCCGUGGCUUCGAAACAAAGUUUUCAAGAAAAUUGGCCAAGCAGGAUUCCCCACCUACGAAUCUGCUUCCACCUUCUGCCACUUCUCUUUCCCAUCCCACUAUUAAGAAGCAUGCUGCUGUUGGAAGUGACGGAACUGUAACUAACAAAUCAGGCUCUUGGGUAACUUUGAAUAAACAAAUUCAGCCCAAUCAAAAUUGCAAUGAAAAUAAAAAAACUAUAUCUCUCAAAAAUGGCAAGUUGGUUGUUGAUCAAACACAACAACUCCGUUUUGAACUUCUUCAACAGCUUAAAGCUAAAAAGGAAAAACUAGCUUCUCUAGACAAACUAGCAAAAUCUCAAGUUAGAAAGAAAAGGUCUAAGAAAACAGAAAAGAACCAGUCACAACCUGGAUCCCAGAAAGAAGGUGAUUCCCUGCAGAGAUUGUUAAAUGAUCUGCAACGCCAGAUUGAUGUUGAAGAUAGUAAAUCCGUGAAUUCUCCAGCCACCACUGUGUCACAGUGCAGCAGUUCAAGUUACGAUGACAUUUUAUCUGAGCUGCUCUCUCCAGCCACAACUGUUGCGUCCUUGGAGCUUCCGCAUGAAGAAGAAUGUAGAUACCUGGAAAUGGGGGGCGGCAGUCCAAUUUCUUCCAUAUCGAAUGAGAACCCUGAUGAGAUCAUAGGUCAUGACCACAACUAUCACACUCCAGAAAAGCAAAAUGGAGUUGAGGACCAGACAGACUUGUUAGCAGUCAGGUCACCUCUGAAGAAACUUGAAUUUGGCAAUCCUGAAAAACAAGAUUUUCUGGAUGAUCUCUUUCCUAGUUCCAUGUUAAAUUCAAUAAUGGCUGAUGUUGAAGACCUGCAUAAUUUUGACGAAACACUAUUAACUUUGUAAAUUGCAUUUUAACUAUUGGACAUGUUUUUGUGAGUUGGCUUUUAAAGCAAACAUUGACAUUUUGAGCAGAUUUGCACAUGGUUUAACUUGAAUAUUUGGAAUGUGAAACAUUUUUAUGGGUAAAUGUUUUUUCUUGUGAGAUGAAUUGGGCUUGUGUGUUUUUUCUUUAAAAAGGUCUUAGAUCAAAGAAAGGAAAAGUUGAAUUUAAAUCCCUUGUCAUAUAUAAUUGAUGAAGUAUGAAGUUGUGAAACUGAUUGGCAAAUGCCAUAAUUAAGACAUUAAGGCCUGUUAUCAUUUCAAGAUCACUUAAAUUGAAGUACAAAAUUGCUGAACUAUAAAAGGAUGUAAGCUAACACACAUACACAAGCUCCAUUAUUUCAGGUUGGUAUGCUGUCAGAACUAACAUUGGCAUAGCCAGGGGUUUUGAAUGGAUGCAGUUGAGAGCCAGUAUAAUGUCAUGGUUUGAGCAUCAGAUAAAGACGGGAAAUCAGGUUGAUUUCUCUCUCGGCCAUGAAAACCUACUAGGAAACCUUGGGCAAGUCGCACAGUCUCAGCCCCAGAAAACCCCAUGAUAGAUUCACCUUAGAGGCACUAUAAGUCAGAAAUGACUUGAAGAUAAUGACAUCCCAACAAGGAUGGCUCUAAUGCAAGCAUCAAGGCAGUGCAUUGUUGGCUAGGGAGGCAGGAAGGGAAUGGAGUGAAGGGAAUGCAAAGAGGUGUGCCAGCAAAGGGUAGACUGUCAAGGGGGAAAGAAGAACAAGAAGGAACCAUAAUAGUAAGUUUGCAGCUGAUAAAUGUGGCUGCUCCUCUUUUGCCUCAUGGGUUCAUAAAAGGAGGCAGUUUCAGUGCUCUGGUUUUCUCAGAUCAUUAUGCCUGGUUGUUGUGUCACUUUUCAAGCUGUUCCUUGACUUAUGAGAAUCCUAAGACAAACAUCCAAGUUUUUCUUGAUGAGAUUCAUUCAGCGGGUGUUUGCCUUAGUCUCUCUGAGGCUGAGAAUGUGGCUUGCUCAAGGUUGCCUAGCAUAUUUCCAUGGCUGAGCAGGGAUUCAAACCCUGGUUUCCAAAGCUGUUGCCUGAUGUUCAAGCCACUAUCUUCCACUGCGCUGGCUGCCACACCAGGUUUCUUGCCUGGCCGAGCAGCAAAUUCCUGUUAUUACUAUAGGGCAAAGCAUGGCAGGUUGUGGUGAGACAGAUGAAAGAGAUUUCUUGCCAGGAAAUGGAGAAGGAUAGGACCAUAUAUACACCUGUUUUUAUUCCUAUUUUAUUAUGAGACUUCUCACACCAUUGACACCACCCAGCCCGAACAAUAAAAGUCCAUAAAUAGUUUUUAUAAUAUCACGGACAAGCAAAAAAAAAAAUCUCACAUAAUAAUCCUGUAUUUGCUGCCCCUUUCAGAGAGUCUUUUAAAAUGGUCAAGCAAGUCUUCCAUCUGAACUGUUCGCAUUUAUAACCUAUAUUACAGAUAAUGCUCUGAUAUUUUUAGAUGUAAUAUACUCUUGAUUAUUUUAUUACAUUCUGUUGCCUACAAAGUUUGCACUUGAAAACUGCAACCAAGUUCCAAAAAUGAAAUCUAAUGUUUUAAGUAAGUUUUCUAUUUUGUGUGGGCCACAGGUUGGACAAGCCUGCUCUACAGUGAGCACAAAAUAGGCACACACAUAUAAGAUAAUUACACCUCUGUGUGCCACUAACUGGAUAACAGCCAUUGUGAGUUCACGCCUUAAUUCUGCUUUUUUCUGAUUUGCUGUCCUUUUCUUGCUUCAGAGGGUGUGGGGUGGGAGUAAAAUUCCCAAAACAGCACUAGCAAAUGUGAGCUAUCUGUAGUUUUGAGAUCAAGUUCAGCAAUGACUCUACAUUUCAGUGAUUUAGUUUAGAACAGAUCUUUAAAGUAUCUGAUGUUGGGGACUGGCAGGAUUCCUUCCCCCCCACCCCCCACCCCCAAAAAUGUCUAUAGGCCAACAGCAUAUACGGAUUCAGUGUAAUUACCUGUUCCUUUCUACUGGAGACUGGCAGCCAAUGACUUACCGACUGGCACCUCUCCAUGUUCCAUCAUUUUGAGUAACACUGUCUUCAAUGUGAGCAGACUUCCCUUCUUUGAAUAAAGAUUUCAGGAAACACCCAUUCCAGCUGAUAGCAUUUGUGUCGUUACUGUGAUUUGUCCUUUAAUGAUUCACAUAAUUUAAUGGCAUGCUUGGACUGACUGUAUUUGAUUCUUUAUGAAGUCAAUGGAGAGUAACAUUUCUCUCCCUAAUGUUUACCUUCCCGGAUAGGCAAGUGAUCUACCAACAGUGCCUCUGGUAUGUCUCAAUUGAAUUUCACCCAGUCUUUUUUAUUGUUCCCAAAUAUUAUUGAAACACUUCUGACUCAGGUGGCAAAGAUAACCUGCUGUUAGCAUAUUGAAAAUACCUAAUUCCCAAACCUUCAUCAUGAACUUUAUGUAAAUAUUGCAUAAUAUGUUUAUGUUUGAUGGUUUAUAGUUUUAAUGAUUUAAUUUAUAGUCCUAUGUUUUUGUUUUAGAUGUGUGAUAAUACUGUUUUUAAUCGUAUGUGAGGCAUUGAAUUUUUGCCAUUUAUUUGAUGUGAACCGCUUUGAGUCCCCCAGGGGUGAGAAAAGCGGUUUAUAAAUGAAAUAAAUAAAUAAAAUUGGA